GUUAAACAUUGAAACAUCAGGCAUGGCUGAAGAAGCAAGCAACGAAUACACGCCUCCUGCGUUCAGCUUCACGGACGAAGCAAGCCCAAGUGGAAGCCGUGGCAGCACCCAGGGCGCUUCGUCUGAUUUGGGCGCCUACACAACAAUAUCUCACGACGCCUGGCGUUACCAGUGGAACACUCAGCACAGGCCAAUAACCGACGGGACUUACAACGUCGACGGUGCCACUUACAAUGCAAGCACUAGUUUCCCGCUUCUGGGGCCAAGCUCCAACAUCGCUUAUGGAAGGCCCAGCACAAGUCGCGCUGGCAUGGAGCAAGCAACAGCCAUUUUAGAAGACGGUGACAGAUUUCCUGAGACUACCAAUGUUGGCCAAUGGAACACGCAAUACCACACAGUUUAUGGCACAUCCAGUAUCUCAGGGCACACAGACAAUACUGAAGACCGAAGCAACGCAUUCAGACCGCCGGUCUACAGCAGCAGCAGCAGCGGCGGAGAGGACGCAGUGGCCAGCACAAGCCACGCGGGCAUGCAGGAAGCAACGGGCACAUUGGGAAACGAAGCUAGGAAUGCUACUGGAACCAGAGGAAGGGGACAGGAAGAGUUGUGCGGUAUCUCUGGCAACGUUUCGAGCAGACCGGUAGCUUUACACGGGCACGCCAACCAACACACAGGCGACACAGCCCACAUUUCUAAACCCAGCGAUCAAUCGUCUGCAAAGAAGUCGAAGUUUAUAGAACAUUGCCGCACCCGUACUGCCGAAAACCACAAAUGCGAAAGCUGUGGAAAACUGUUCCGCCGGGCUUAUCAUCUAGCUCGACAUUACCGCACGCACACAGACGAGAGACCUUACAAAUGCGAAAUAUGUGACAAAUCGUUUGGGCGUUCUGAUGCCCUAGAUGUCCACAAGCGCACGCAUACAGGCGAGAAACCCUACACUUGCGUAACAUGUGAUAAAUCAUUCGCGGACCUGUCCAGUCUGCGUACACACCAGCUCACUCACACUGAGGAGAAGCGCCAUGUCUGUCAUAAGUGUGGUAAACCAUUCAAUACCAAGCAAAAUCUCGUGCGUCAUCUAAAGUCGCAUAGUAAGGAUGCAGCUUUCGUUUGCGAAAUAUGUCACCUAUCCUUUGUGAACAACUCAGGUCUCGGUCAUCACCGCCGAAGCAUGCACGGGGAUAAAACCCUCGCUGAGUCAUAUGGUUUCGCAGACAAACAAAACCUUGAUGGAUACCUGUGCCAGAAAAGUACAUGCUACUUAUGUGGAGAUUCCUUUGAAGACGAGGUUCGACUAAUUACACAUCUCGUUACGCAUAUGGAUGAGCAGCCGUAAUACUCUGACUAGUGCGCAGGUUGAGUAUAUCGCCCCUGCUUUCACACAACGCGAGAGUAAAGCCGUACUGGGAAGCAACGCUGACUAGCUCCCACAUGCGUGAGGAAUUAAUUAAACACAUCAUGUGCAAAGACCGGCUUCUUUGGACAUUUGACACGGCUGAGUAAAAAGGGGGAUUUACAAAAUUACCAGACAAGACGUCGCCGCCAGCAGAAUUCGUCGUUUUUCAACGUCGAAGUACAGUGCAGGUCCUGGUCAGUGCUCAGUGUUUGCAGAAGUAUGUUGUUCGCAAACAUAGCUUUAGGAAACUCAUUUCAAGCCAAACACUGAUAGUCAGUAUGUGUGCUUUGUGUAACUAGUAGGUUGAAAUGUCCGCACAUGAUUCUCGGCACCUCGUUUAGUUAGAGGAGUGUUUUGUGGAAGCGUCUUUGCAGUGUACUAGAAAACGAGCUUUAAUUAUACAUCCUAUUGGUGGUUUUGUUUUAAUAAAAAAACACACCCAUCAUUAAGAACCACUUAAAAAGUAAGGACUGUUUUUUUUAACUCAAAAUCAAUCUCCGCCAUUAUUUCAGGUUCUUCAGCCCUGUUGCCUUCAACAGACAAUGCUUGUAGGGACUUUUACGAAAAUAUACAGCCACAUUAUAGGUAUAGGAAAAUUUAUUUCCUGUAAAUUUUUUCGAUGCAUCGGAUAUUUUGGUUCUUUGACUCUUGUAUUCUUACCGAAAAUAUUUGUUCACUAUCAUAAACUAAGCUGACGACAGUAUUGAGGCUUUUAAAUUUAAAUCGUUUGGACCUUCCCUAAAUGAUAUGCUCUCAAUGUACGGAAUUUUUUGUUGUUCUUGUUUUAUCCUGGCGGAACCUGUCAUUUUUAAGGGGCAGUUUUUCUCUCUCGGAAAACGCAUGUUUUGACUCGGCCUACUCUCUAGUGAAAGCUGUAAAAUCUUAGUCUGGUGUGACAAACGCAUCCGUGCGAGCAAUGACUAGUCAAGUAAGACAGUUCUUAUGCGUAUUGACACGCGUACUUUAUCUCUUUACUUUGAACCUUUUUCAACCACUAACAAAUCUUCAGUUACUGCUGAGUGCAUGGCGUGCCUUCAGGUAUCAGAACAUUCUCGAACUUUCUCGUCGAUUCUUUGUGAUGACCUUUUGUAAUGAAAUGUUACGCGCGACGCGAAUAGAGGUGUUUAUUCCUAAAGGCGUGCGAGCACCAGCGAUGACUGUGCAAUCUUCUACGAAUCACGUGGGAAUAGUCGACGCUGAUUAUGCACAAACCACGUUUUGGACGAUUGGCGCACGUGUCCACCACUAUCCUUCUGCCCGAGUAUAACUUGUUUUGUUACUUCCGUUACGCCUAAUAAAAAGCAUUUUCUGACUCAAA